UCAGUUAUUGUUUUUCCUUUUCUGUUCAGAGUCAUUGGACGCUUCGGAUCUGUGAGAUCUAGAGGAAGAAGAAGAAGAAGCAAGCAAGCAAUGGCAGCAGGACCAGAUCAUCUUUUCAACCUGAGAAACAAUUUUUAUUUGGGAGCUUAUCAAACGGCGAUCAACAACAGCGAGAUACCUAACCUCUCGCCGGAGGAUGCCGUGGAACGCGACUGCCUCGUCUUCCGCUCUUACAUUGCCCUCGGUAGCUAUCAGCUUGUCAUCAGUGAGAUCGAUGACGCAGCCGCCACUUCACUACAAGCAGUAAAACUCCUCGCUAUGUAUCUAUCGAGUCCUGCAAAUAAGGAAUCAACCAUUUCAAGCUUGAAGGAAUGGUUGGCUGAUUCAACUAUAGGAAACAAUGCUAUUUUGCGGUUGAUUGCUGGUAUUAUUUUCAUGCAUGAGGAAGAUUAUAACGAAGCUCUGAAGCACACCCAUGCUGGAGGAACCAUGGAUCUGCAUGCCUUGAAUGUCCAGAUAUUCAUUAAGAUGAACAGAUCAGAUUAUGCUGAGAAGCAGCUUAGAGUGAUGCAACAAUAUGACGAAGACCACACUCUCACUCAACUUGCUAGCGCGUGGUUUAACCUUGCAGUGGGUGGCUCGAAGAUACAGGAAGCUUAUCUCAUUUUCCAGGAUUUCUCUGAGAAGUAUCCGAUGACAUGCUUGAUCUUGAAUGGGAAAGCAGUUAGCUGUAUGCAAAUGGGUAACUUUGAUGAAGCUGAAACGCUACUGCUUGAAGCACUCAACAAGGAUGCCAAAGAUCCAGAAACGCUUGCAAACCUUGUUGUGUGCAGUCUUCAUGUUGGGAAAUCAUCUUCACGCUACCUUAGUCAGCUGAAACUUUCACACCCAGGACACGUGCUUGUGAAGCGUGUAUCAUCAGCUGAAGAUAACUUCGAGAGAGCGGUUCAAUCGAUCGCCUGAAGACUUUUCCAUGAUUCAAGCUAAAAAAAGAUGUGCAGGAUCGUUUUGCAUAACCGCAUAGGCGCAUAAUUUUUUUCUAAACGGUAAAUUUUCCAGAACAAUCAUAUUGUCUUGUCUUUAUGAACUCAAUAUAUGAACCAGAUUCAUUUAUUAAUCUCAUUAUAUAAAAUUCCACACU